AUGUAUUUUUUGUUAAAGGCUUUUGUGGUGUUCAGGGAUGUGGCUGUGGACUUCUCCCAAGAGGAGUGGAGGUUGUUAAGCUCUGCUCAGAAGAUCCUACACAGGGAAGUGAUGUUGGAGAAUUAUAGCCACCUGAUAUCAUUAGAAAUUGCAUUUUCCAAACAAAAACUCAUUACUCAGCUAGAGCAAGGGGAAGAGCCCUGGAGAGAGGUGAGAAAACAUCUGCCGGACCUCUGUCCAGGUGAGUGUGAGCAUGGGAUAGAUGCUUACAUCUAUCUAGCAUACAGUUUGGCAGAUAGAGAAGGAAGAGGCAUUUCUCAGAUCCUGAGAAGAAGCUCAUCUGCAGGCCUCCUAGGCCACUGUGAAGAACAUCCAGUAAAGUCCAAGGAAGGCAACACAAUAGUGGAUAUAAGGCCCAGCCUAGAACAGAAGGCCGACCUUGAGGAAAGGGACAAAGUAUUGCAUGGUUUGGAAGUCUCAGGAUUUGAAGCAAUCAAAUUUGAAGAGUUUGGGCCAGACUUUAUCAAGGAGUCAAACCUACUUAGCCUCCAGAAGACACACACAGGGGAGAUGCCGUACGUGUACACAGAGUGGGGACCAAGCUUCAGCAGUAUGUCUGUCCUUAUCGAAAACCCAAGGACACACCCUGGAGAAAAGCCUUAUGUGUGCAGGGAAUGUGGGAGAGGAUUUAUGGAAUCAAACCUCAUCACACACCAGAGAACACACUCAGGAGAGAAACCUUAUGUGUGUAAGGAUUGUGGACGAGGCUUUACUUGGAAAUCAAACCUCUUCACACAUCAGCGAACACACUCAGGAGUCAAGCCUUUCAUGUGCAAGGAAUGUGGGCAGAGCUUUACCCUAAAGUCAAACCUAGUCACACAUCAGAGGGCACACACUGGGGAGAAGCCUUAUGUUUGCAAGGAAUGUGGGCAUGGCUUUCGCCAGCAUUCCCACCUCAUCAGACAUAAAAGGACACAUUCAGGAGAAAAGCCUUAUGUUUGCGGAGAGUGUGAACAAAGUUUUAGUCAGAAGUCCCACCUCCUCAGACACUUAAGGACACAUACAGGAGAGAAACCUUACAUAUGCGCAGAAUGUGGGCGUCACUUUAGCUGGAAAUCAAACCUCAAGACACACCAGAGGACUCACUCAGGAGUUAGACCUUAUGUGUGCUUAGAGUGUGGGCAAUGCUUUAGCCUGAAGUCAAACCUCAACAAACACCAGAGAUCACACACAGGGGAGAAGCCUUUUAUAUGCACAGAGUGUGGGCAAGGCUUUACCAGGAAGUCAACCCUCAUUAUACACCAGAGGACACACUCUGGGGAAAAGCCAUUUGUAUGCAGGGAGUGUGGGCGAGGCUUUAAUGAUAAGUCAACCUUGAUUUCACAACAGAGGACACACUCAGGGGAAAAGCCUUUCAUGUGCAGAGAUUGUAGCAGAAGGUUUAGGCAGAAGCCAAACCUAUUUAGGCAUAAGAGGACACACUCGGGGGGGAAGCCUCACGUGUGCAGGGAGUGCGGGCAGGGCUUUAGCUGGCAGUCACACCUCAUUAGAUACCAGAGGAGCCAUUCAGGAGAGAAACCUUAUGUUUGCAGGAAAUGUGGGGUGUUUUAG